AUGGGAACCCGGAUGGUGUCAGGCGGUGAGCUCCAGGGGGCCGGGCCGUGCGGGCCCCGCACCUACGCUGACCGCUGCGCUGCGUCCGGCCACAGGCGCGCAGACUCGGUGGACAGCCACCUCCUGGACCUGUGCGUCCUGGUGUUCCGCGCGUCUUUCGGCAGCGGUGGCCGCCUGAGCCUGGGCCGCCUGCUAGCCCACAGCAAACGCGCUGUCAAGAAGUUCGUCAACUGCGACGUGAUGCUGGAGCCCGGCGAGUACGCCGUGGUGUGCUGUGCCUUCAACCACUGGAGCCCCGCCGCGCCGGGCCCGCCGGCCAACAUGCAGGCCUCCAGCCCCUCGGCGGGGGUCCCGCGCUGCACCCCGCAGCCGCCCGGCCACGUGCUGGCCGUGUACAGCUCGAGGCUGGUCAUGGUGGAGCCCGUGGAGGCCCAGCCGACCACGCUGGCCGACGCCAUCAUUCUGCUCACCGAGAGCCGGGGCGAGCGGCACGAGGGACGCGAGGGCAUGACCUGCUACUACCUGACGCAUGGCUGGGCGGGGCUCAUCGUGGUGGUGGAGAACCGGCACCCCAAGUCCUACCUGCACGUGCAGUGUGACUGUUCUGACAGCUUCAACGUGGUGUCCACGCGUGGCAGCCUGCGCACCCAGGACAGCGUGCCCCCCCUGCACAGGCAGGUCCUGGUGAUCCUGUCCCAGCUGGAGGGCAACGCGGGCUUCUCCAUCACCCAUCGCCUGGCGCACCGCAAGGCUGCCCAGGCCUUCCUCAGUGACUGGACAGCCUCCAGGGGCACCCACAGCCCCCCUCUCACACCCGAAGUCGCUGGCCUGCAUGGCCCCCGGCCUCUGUGACCACUCCACCUUCCCAGCCCCCACGCGCACUUUAUGAGGGAGACCCCAGCAGAGGACGCUUGAAUCAGAAUCUCAGGACCCUGCCCAGGGAGCCACCAGCUGCAGUAGCUCCCCCUAGGCCUUCCUCCCUGCCCCUCCCUCCUGCCCUGGGCCUCCCCGCUGCCAAGCAGAAUACCUCGAACCCGCCUCUAGCGCCAGGGGCCUGUACGCUAGCCCCUCUGACCAACCCUCUCAAGGUUGGGUUCAGAUGGCCAGGGCCAAGGUGAGGCUUCUCUUUCCCUAGGGGCUGGGGCCUCCUGCCUGGCUGAGGCAGCCAAGAGCCCUGCUCCUAGAACCACAUCUGGGCAGGUCAAGGCCAGGACCCCAGAGUGAGAGCAGGGAUCUCUCCCUUGUAGGGGUCAGGCUGGGACUCCAGGGUGAAGAGCAACAUCUCCUCUAUGAUGAUCAGAGACUAGAACCCCUCAGUGAGCAGGGACCACCCCCAUCUGUGGGGGUCAGAGGCUGGGAUCCCAGGAUGAGAGCAGGGACCACCUCCUUGGGGGACAUGAGAGCAGGAGCCUUCUGUCCCUGGCUUGCCCCCAGAGCACAUUUCCCCGGCCCCCACAAGGCAAGCAGGGGUCCCUGGAGCCCCAGCAGUGUGUCCCAGGAGGCAGGUGCCUGGCGACCGUGGGCUCAGGGCCGGGGAUGGGGGAGGUCCCAGCGGCCCCUCUGGCGACACUAUGCAAUUCCUGGAGCGCGUCUCAGGAUCGAAGAAGCCAUGCCCAGGGGCUGGAGGCCAGGGGCUGUGGGUCAAGGUCCAGCCAGGCCCAGGCUCAUCCUGCGGUUUGGUGAGGUGGUUUGUCCUCAGCACCACCUGACCUCUGCCAGGACAAGCAGGGUCCGGCAGCAAUCCUGGACCUCCCUGUCUAGGCAGAGGUAGGGCCCAGCAGCCCCUCCCAGCUCCUCCCCCACCUCAGAAGCCCAGGGAGCUGAGCAGUCACCUGGCAACCCGGCCGUCCUGCCUUGAGGCUGCUGUCAGGCCAGAGUCCUGCGUCUGCCCUCGGACAUCUGAGGCCAGCUUCCUGGGGGCCUGCCUGGCCUCAGUGUCCUGCAGCCCCCAGGCCAUGGGCAGCCCUAUGGGGCUUGGCGGCCUUUUACACCUGGAGAAACAUCGGGAAGCACGCCACUCCCCUUUGGGCCUCCUUUAUAUUCCCUCCUUUUACUCUGAGCUGUGAAUAUUUUUAACCCUGUAUAUAUGGCCAGCUCUUCUGACACAGAGACUAUUUUAUCACUUGUCAGUCCCCAUCCCUGUAGGAUGGUUCUCCAUGGGUGUUUCCAGACUCAGGCUCCAAUGGACCAAAUAAAAAUGUUUUGUUUUGUAA